AUGAAUUGGUUUGGAAGUGACUUCUCCAGGUUUCCCGAGAAUGUGUGCUUUCUCAGUGUGCACUCUCCUCUGUCGCUUUCCCUCCUGUCAUCUGAAGAUGAACAUUUAAUUUCCAACUGGAGGAGCCACGCGCCAGCCCAGGCCGUGGUGAAGCAGCCAGUACGGGGAGCCAGAGGCAGGACCUCGGUCACCACCGUUGUCCAGACUGGCGGGGACUGGAGCACCGGCCUCUUCAGCGUCUGCAGAGACAAGCGGAUCUGUUUCUGUGGUCUGUUUUGUCCCAUGUGUCUCGAGUGUGACAUCGCCAGGCAUUACGGAGAGUGCUUUUGUUGGCCGUUGUUACCAGGGUCCACCUUUGCACUGAGAGUUGGCACCAGAGAGAGACAUAAAAUAUGGGGCACGCUGUGUGAGGACUGGCUGGCCGUGCACUGCUGCUGGCCUCUGUCCAUCUGUCAGGUGGCCCGGGAGCUCAAGAUGAGGACCUCCCAUCUCUACGAAAUCUCAGCGGCCCCUUCAACGAAGGACACCUUGGCUUGA